AAUGAAUUGCAUGUAGAUAUAUUUUAGUACUAAAUAAAAUCAAAAUGAAAUAGAAUGUUUUAUUGCUUCAUCAAAAGUAAUGAGCAAAACUAAUAGCGAUUUAAGUACGAAAACAAUUUUUAUUCGUCGAAAUAUAUCUAUACGUUAUAUACUACUAGUAUACGUGUAUAUGGGAGCAUAUAGAUAGAUGUCCUAUUAGUUAUGUGAAUGAUGUCAUAAUACAAUCUUUGUAUGUCUUGACUAGACUAAACCAAUACCUACUGUUCAUAGAUAAAUAAAAGUAUUGGUUAAUAUAGGAUGGUCAAGUUCAUGCAAUAUCCUCUAUAAAGUGAUAAGUAGCAUCAUCAAACCAGUACUCAGACAAAAACAACAAUGUCCAUCCUCACAAUCUUGUUUCUCCUUCUCAUUUCCACAGCAGCAGAAGCUCAAAGAAGACCAUCCAACAUCACCAUAGGCUCUAGCCUCACACUCACCUCCAUCUCCUCCUGGCCUUCCCCUUCCGGCGUCUUCGCCUUCGGAUUCUUCCCCCAACACCUCAACAGCUACGCCGUCGGCAUCUUUCUUCCCGACAAAACCGCCGUCUGGACAGCGAAUAGCGACACCAAUCCAACCGUCCCCAAAGACGUCACCUCCCUUCUACUAUCCUCGGAUGGCCGGCUAAUCCUGCGCCAGAGGCAAGGCCAAGAAAUAGACGUCAUCAGCCCAUCUGCAACCAUCGCAUCGGCGUCUAUGCUCGACAAUGGCAACUUUGUUCUUUACGAUUCCAAUUCCAGAAUCAUCUGGCAAAGCUUCGACAACCCGACCAGCACCCUCCUCCCCGGCCAGCGCAUCUCUAAUGGGCAAGAGAUCUUCUCCAGCGCCUCCGAGAUCGACUACGGAAGAGGGAAUUUCAGGCUGAAGAUGCAGAACGAUGGAUACCUCGUGCAGUAUCCUGUCAACACGCCGGACACAGCGACUUACACUUACUAUGUUGAAAAGCCAGACGGAGCAGUUAACAUCUCUCUUAACUUCGACAGCGACGGCCGCCUUUAUCAGCUCAACGGUAGCUUGCCUCUGCGGAAUAUAUCCAAUGGUCGACUCCCUACAGAAGGAAACAUCAAUUUCAUGAGGCUCGACGUCGGAGGAAUCUUCCGCAUCUACUCUUUUUCUCUCAGUAAUAUGACCACCACCAGGAGAUGGUCCUCCGUGGUCGACGAAUGUGCUCCCAAAGGUUUCUGCGGAUUCAAUGCCUACUGCACUCUGAGGGAUAGUGCACCGGUAUGCCAGUGUCUUCCCGGUUUCGUUUCCAUUCAGUCCGGCAACAAUACAGCCCCCUGUUCUAGAGACUUCUCGGUCCAGGGCUGUUCCAAAAAUGACAAUAGAUUGAAGUCUGUGAUGUCAAGAGUCGUAAACACAGAAUGGGACGAAACCUGGUAUGAGAAUACGGUCAUGACUGAAGAACAGUGCAGCAAAUCAUGCCUCGAUGACUGCAACUGUGAAGCAGCCAUGUAUGUAGACAGCCAAUGCAGAAAACAGAGGCUUCCCAUAAGAUUCGGCAAAAGGUCACUAGGAAAAUCAAACGUCGCUUUUGUUCGAGUUAGUACACCCACGGGACCCGACUUGGGAGGUGAUCCCGAACAUAAAAUCAACAUCAAGAAAGAGCAGCAUAUGGACAUCCUCAUCAUUGGCAUUGUUCUCAUGUCUAUAGGCAUCUUGGCGUGGUCAAUUUCUGUGAUCUUUGUUCGCCAGAAAUGGAAGGAAUACAACAAGAUCGGUAAGGAAAAUGGAGAUAACUUUGUCGAGGGCAUUUCGCUGCAAGUGUUCACAUUUGAGCAUCUGUCCGAAGCAACAAACUGCUUCAAGGAAGAGCUGGGGAGAGGAGCAUCUGGCACAGUGUUCAAAGCUGUUCUACAGCAGAAAAUGGUGGCAGUGAAGAGGUUGGAGAAGGAAUUCACACAAGGAGAGAUGGAGUUCCAUACAGAGUUGAAGACGAUUGGGAAGAUGUAUCACUGGAACCUAGUCCGGCUCCUAGGUUAUUGCAUCAACAGAGACAACAAACUGUUGGUGUUUGAGUACAUGAGCAACGGAUCCCUCGCGGACAUACUUUUCAAUCAAAAGAAUCGUCCGAGCUGGGAGGAACGGAUUGAGAUCGCUCGAGAUAUAUCGAGGGGGAUAUUGUAUCUGCACCAUGAGUGUGAGACGCAGAUCAUUCACUGCGAUAUAAAGCCUCAGAAUAUACUCAUGGACGACAAAUGGUGCGCUAAGAUAUCAGACUUUGGGCUGGCGAAGCUCCUAAAAUAAGAUCAGACUAAUACGUAUACUGAGAUAAGAGGGACUAAGGGCUAUGUAGCGCCAGAGUGGUACCAAAAGCAGGCAAUCACGGUGAAAGCAGAUGUUUAUAGCUUCGGAGUGAUGCUGCUGGAGAUCAUAUGUUGUAGGAAGUGUGUUGAUUAUAGCAGGAGUGAGGAUGAGGCGAUUCUUGAGGAAUGGGUUUACGACUGUUAUGCAACGAGCAAGAUUGGGAGUCUGAUAGGGGACGAGAUGGUGGAGGAGAGGAAAGUGGAGAGGAUGGUGAAGAUAGGCAUAUGGUGUGUGCAAUAUGAUCCGUCGUUGCGUCCAACUAUGAAGAAAGUUCUGCUAAUGUUGGAGGGAACUGUCGAGAUUCCGAUACCUCCAAGUCCGAGUUCUUUCUUAAGUUCUAUCUAGUUUUAAGCGUACACGGUAUACAAACUAAUAACCCAGUUGGUUUUGAUACGAAUUUGAAUAAAUUGUUUGAGUGUGUUAUGAGUGAAAUGAGUGGAAACUACCAUUGUGAAACACAACGCCGUUGGAAAUUCCCCUCAGGAGUUGAAAUUGGACGUUACAAGAGACAAAGAUUUUUUAAUAAAAUAGUAGAAAAUUAGAUUUUGAUCUUUUUAGAUAGAAUUUAGAUUUUUGGAUUUCUUAUAAUUAGUAAAAUAAAAAUAUAAAAGGGUUUUUCUGGUGAGGGUGGGUAUGAUUAUUAUAUUUCUAGUUUUAUGAUUAGAAUUAUUCUUUACUUCGUAAAAAUUGAUUAAUAAAGAAGUAUACUAAAUAAAAUAGUAAUCAUGAAUUAGAGAACGUAGUAAAAUAGGUUGGAAUAUACUCCUAGCAGAUAAACAAAUUAAUAAUACUAUAUCUUUUCACAAAAUAUAUAAUAAGCAAAUCAGGUUUUUUUUUAUAAAGCUUUUAUUGGCUGGUAUGUGUUCAUAUAAAACCAUGCUCCAUGUGAAUCUGUUAAAAAAUUCUGUGUUAAUAGUUUAAGACCAAAUCAAAUUUGUGGAAUCUAGUGUAGUCAGUUUGACUAACAAAUAAAAGUCCAUUCAAAGAGACCAUAAGUUUGUCACAUCACCCAACUAAAUACGUGUGCCAUUUUUUUCAAAUUCCUUUACUACUGAAAAAACGCGUGAAGCAAGCAAAAUCCUUUACUACAAAGAAAAAAUCAUAUUUUAAUUACUAUACUACUCCCUAAAAAUAUGUGCACUUUCCAUUUUGCCAGCAGGGGCGUAGCACAGUUGGCAACGGAGGGACAGAUCUUGCUGCAA